AACCUGAAAGUUCCUGGCAAAGAGACGAUGAAGAGAUCGGAGUGGUGGGACAAUGGCGCUCUGCCGCUGUGGAUCACCGCUCAGAACCAGGGUCUGAAAACAGCUUCCUUCUUCUUCCCCGGAGGCGGAGCCAACUACAGCGGCCAAGCGGUCAAUCGAGUGCUACUGGAGGAGUCCGGCCACCCCGACGACAAUGAGACCGAGUGGCGUCAGAAGAUCGACACGGUGAUGAGCUGGUUCUCCGAGGAGGACUUCCACCUGGUGACGCUGUACUAUGGCCAGCCAGACCGCGUGGGCCACGCCAAAGGGCCGGACACGCCGGACCGGAAAGAGAUCAUCCGUCAGAUCGACCGCACCAUCGGCUACUUGAGGGACGCUAUCGAUCGCCACAACCUGACCGACAGGCUGAAUGUCAUCAUCACGUCUGACCACGGCAUGACCACAGUAAAGAAGAAGCCGCAGGUAGACGAGGUCAUCCUCAACAAAUACCUGAAUUUAUUCAAGGUCGCCAAAUUUGAAAUUCUCGACUACGGCGGGUUUGGCAUCCUGACGCCACGUCCGGGGAAGGAGCAGGAAGUUUUCGACGCCCUCUCCAACGUGCCCAAUAUCACGGUGUACAAGAAAAACGAGAUUCCAGAAAGUUUCCAUCUCGCCAAAAGUGAGCGUCUGCCUCCCAUCGUGAUCAUCGCAGAUCUGGGAUUCAACCUGAACUCUAGACUCAUCGUCUACGUGAAUAAAGGUGACCACGGCUUCCAUAACACGGAGAUGGACAUGAAGACCAUCUUCAGGGCCUUCGGACCGAGCUUCAAGAGGAGCUACCUGUCCGAGCCGUUCGACAGCAUCCACAUCUACCCUCUGAUGUGCAAACUGCUGCAGAUCGAACCAGCGCCGCACAACGGGUCACUGAGCGUGACCGAGGACAUGCUGCUCCCCGCCCCGACCACCACGACCAAGCCUUCGUUCACAACGCCGCAAGGCUCUUUUACCACAGUUUGA